AUGGUCUCAAAAGGUCGCCCCUCCCUCCAGGCAGGUCUGGACAAGGAAGUGUACCAGGUCGUACGCAAAUACUUAGACGAGAAAAAUGAGUCAGCGCUGAAACUGCGCUUGUCGACGGUUUACGACUAUAUACAGCGCUCAAACUCGAGCUUGAAGAGACGGCCAAAGAAGCAGAUUGAAGACUCCAUUGACCGCGUGAUCGAUGUCAUCCGCGAAGACGAAGAACCCGAUUCUGAAGACGAGAUGGCCGAACUUGAAGGAGACUUCACCAUGGACGAACCGAAAGAGAAGAAGGAUCGUUCAAGCGAUUGGAUGAAUAAGCAAAUUGUCAAUCAAUGGGCAAUUCCGCCUGCCGCGAAUGGGGAAAAGAGUGAGAAGAGUGAGAAGAGCAAAAAGCGGGAUAGCGGCAAGUCAAAAGAGGAGAGGGAGGCUAAGAGGCAGAAGAAGGCAGGGACUCAGGAGAGCAAAAUCGACACCGCAGCGCCCACAGGUGUUACCUUGGAAGAUCUCGGUGGCGUAGAGAAGGUCAAAGAGCAGCUCAAAGAGCAUCUUGUACUACCCCUUCUCUGCCCACAGGAAUAUGCCAACCGCAAGAUCCCAAUACCACGUGGUAUACUGCUCCAUGGCCCACCCGGAUGUGGUAAGACUGUCAUAAGUCGAGCCUUCGCCGCCGAACUUGGUGUGCCUUUUAUUGAAAUCCUAGGUCCAUCCGUUGUAUCGGGCAUGUCUGGAGAGUCGGAGAAGCAAGUACGAGAGCACUUCGAGAAAGCCAAGGAGGUCGCUCCAUGCUUGAUCUUCAUCGAUGAGAUCGACGUUAUUGCACCUAAGCGCGACAGUGCACAGAGUCAGAUGGAGAAGAGAAUAGUUGCUCAGCUUCUCAUAUCUAUGGACAGUCUUGCCAUGGAAGGCAACAAUGGCAAACCUGUGAUUGUACUGGCUGCUACAAACCGCCCUGACAGUCUGGAUCCAGCCCUACGUCGAGGAGGUCGAUUCGAUACAGAGAUCAACAUGGGUGUACCAAACGAGCUCAUGCGACGGUCUAUACUUCAAGCUCUGACUCGCGAACCAAAAUUAUCACACGAUGUCGACUUUGGUAUACUAGCGAAGAGAACAGCAGGAUUCGUCGGUGCCGAUUUGAAGGAUCUUGUCAGCAAGGCAGGCACAUGGUCCAUGGACCAAUUCCGAAGAGCACUCGAAAAGCAGGCGGCCAAUGCAGAGACUACGAUGGAAAUCGACAGUGACAUCCCUCUCAACGUAGAUAGCCUCAUGAACCAGUCGAUCCGCCGACUGAUCACCCGUGUAAGAGAUACAGAAGCUCCAAGACCAGAAGGAUUUGAGGAUACCGUGAUCACGAUGGAAGCCUUCGAAGCCGUCCUCCCUACCAUUACCCCAUCAUCUAAGCGAGAAGGUUUCGCCACUGUACCGGAUACUACAUGGCGAGACGUCGGAGCGCUGGCAGGUGUUCGCGAAGAGCUCGAGAUGGCCAUUUGCGAACCCAUCAAGGAUCCUGCAAAGUUUGCAAAAUUUGGUAUCUCGGCGCCUACUGGCGUGCUGCUAUGGGGUCCACCUGGUUGUGGUAAGACGCUUCUGGCUAAGGCAGUAGCGGCGGAAUCCAAGGCGAACUUCAUCAGUGUUAAGGGGCCAGAAUUGCUGAACAAGUAUGUCGGAGAAUCCGAAAGAGCUCUACGCCAGGUGUUUAUGCGCGCCCGAUCCUCCGUACCGUGUGUCAUCUUCUUCGACGAACUCGACGCACUCGUCCCAAAACGCUCCACCGAGCUUCAUGAAGCCUCCGCACGUGUCGUCAACACUCUUCUUACAGAGCUCGACGGCCUGUCUAUGCGUGAAGGUAUCUACCUCAUCGCCGCCACCAACCGGCCCGAAAUGAUCGACGAAGCCAUGCUCCGACCAGGACGCUUGGAGACCCUACUUUACGUCGAACUGCCCAAACCGGAGGAGCGUGUCGAUAUUCUCAGAGCGCAUAUUCGAAAACGUGGCGUCAUCGCCCCCGAACUCGCUGAGAUAGGCCGCCAAGAUGUCUGCAAUAACUUCUCAGGUGCUGAUCUUGAGAGUAUGCUACGGAAAGCUGGACAGCAUGCGUUGAGGCGGCGCAGUGACAUUGUGGAGGAGCUAGACUUUGUUGAGGCGGCCAAGACGGUUAGACCGAGUGUGGGCGACGUGAAGAAGUACGAGAAGCUGAGGGAGAGGUUCGAAACGAAACUUUUCUAA